AUGCGGAUUCUUCAAUGGUUACUCGUUUCCGCUGUCCUUCCUUGGCAUAUCGCCAGGGCAGUAGAGGGAGGUCUCGAAGCUCCUGAUCGAGCAACCAAGUUAUCACGCGGAAGUGAUGGCCAAAAAGAUCUGCCGUCGCACUCGUUUUGGACGAGUGACGAUGAACCUGUGCCACCGAUUACAAAUGUUCUUGACUCCUCCUCUGGCAAUGCCACUCGCAAUUUUGUUAGUGCCACCCUUCAUUCCCAUAUGGUGCUGCAAAGAGACAGGAAAGUCAUCUUGUGGGGAUACUCCAAGAAGGGUGCCAUUGUUACCACCAGCCUAUUUGACGACGAUGACAGCGAAGAAACAGUAGCUAAGGCACGACUAAUCCUAUCUACAACUGCUGAUGGAGAUGAUGGACUCUGGCGCCAAACCUUGCCACCUCAUGCGGCUUCUCUGAAGGCUUCCAGAAUUCAGAUCAAGAGCACCACUGGGCAAACGCAGACACUUGAAAAUGUUCUUUUUGGAGAUGUCUACCUGUGUGGUGGACAAAGCAAUAUGCAAUUCGCUCUACCGGGGAACACCAAUGGUACUGAGGAGGCAAACAAAGGGAAUGCGUACUCCCAUAUCCGCAUUACUACCAUUGGAGACAGGACUUCUUCCUCCACUCCGCUUCCUGAUUUGCAAACAGUAGACCAUCAAUGGAGCAAGGCUGAUAACCACACAUUGUACGGAGGUGGAAUAUUCGGCCAUUUCUCCAGUGUAUGUUGGUUUUUCGCCAAAGAAGUGGCAGAUGCUCUUGGCAACAAGGUACCUAUUGGACUCAUCAGCAACAAUUGGGGUGGUACUAAAAUCGAACAGUGGCUUCCCAAGGGCAACCUUUACAAUGCAAUGAUUAAUCCCUACAUGGUGGGACCUAUGGCGGUUACUGGAUUUACCUGGUACCAAGGUGAAUCAAAUGCUGGUUCUACAGAGUCUUCUAAGGCAUACAGCCAUCAAUUUCCAGAAAUGAUUCAAGCCUGGCGUGAUGGCUUCAAGCAACCAGAUGCCUACUUUGGCUUUGUACAGCUGUCUACUUGGUGUCCACCAACGCCAGAAGCUGUUCCACUGCUGAGACAAUCACAGAUGGCAGCUCUGAAGCUAAACAAUGUUGGAUACAGCACCAAUGCUGAUAUGGGAGCUGGAUGCAAUAUCCACCCCCCUCCAAAACAGUUUUGUGGUUACCGUCUGGGCAAGUCAGCAUUGGCAAUCCAGUAUGGCCAUCCUAUUCACUGGAAGUCACCUUCUUACUCCAAAGCAAAAUCUACUGUAGACAGAAAACACAAAAAGAAACCAAAAGGAAAACCUUCUGUGGUUGUACAGUUCCAAGAUAUCUCCAGUUCAGGAUUGUAUCUACUGAAGACUCCCUACAAUGCCCAAGUGAAGGAUUUUAGCUGCAAAGGGAAGCCUGCGGGAACUUGUGCUGGAGCAGCUGUCCUCUUGAACGGCAAAGGAUGGGUGGAUGCCAGCAUCUCCAUUAAGAGCAACACUACAGUCACGUUAACUGCUUCCACUGGAGACUCUAGGAAGGAUUCUAUUGUUGCCACCUCUUAUGGAUGGGGCUCUGUUCCCAUGAUGACAAUUUACGACAAGGCUACUGAUCUGCCAGUUUUGCCCUGGAAUGAAAAGAUCUAA